AUGUGUUACACGUGCGCAUGUACGGACGGCCACAGCGGCACGCACUGUCAAGACGUGGCACCCGCGGGCGCCUCGGCCACCACCGCUACGCUGCUACUUCAACUGGCCGCUGCCGCUGCCGGCGCCAUCAUUGUGUUCCUGAUGCUGUUCCUGGUGGUUGCCAUCCACCGGAAACGCGCGAAGAAAAAGUCGGACGCGGACGAAAAGCUUUCUUCUUAUCCGGACGACCUGAACUUGACGUUCGCGGCCGCAACCAAAAUUCCGCGACCAAAAAGCCACAUCCCGUCCGGUGAAAGUUGCAUUCCCUUAACUUCCAACAUACACCGAGCUGGAACUGAUGUCCCUUGCAGAAAUGAAGAUCUGACCAAGUCUACUGCGACUUAUACCGUCUCCCGGAUCCAUCGAUGCGAAGACGGUAACAUCAGAGAUCCACCCACCCAAUUCCAGGACAAUCCCAUUUUGCAAACGCUGCUAGCGGAUGGCGGUGUGAGUCCAGAAACUCUGCCACCGGACAUACCUGCUGCACCAAAAACUUCUCGUCCGACGCUGCAUACGAAAACUUCGACAGACGGUGUGUCUGGGGUUCAUCUUCAGUAUAUGUAGCCUGAAAAUCUGUAGAAAUAAAUCAGAAAUUUUAGCGGCUAUUUUUCAAUAGCACUAUCUGGUGUGCCUACUGAUUUAAUGUAGUGUUUGAAUAAGUUAGAUACUGUUGAUUAUAUAAACUGCCGGUUGUGCAGUGAAUAUUUUUUAUCCAUUUAUGUAGCUGCAGCGAAUGCCAACACUAAAUUGAAUUUUACGUGACAGAUUUUCAUGAGUCGAAAACUUUCGGGGUUCUAGUUUCAUCGAUUAUAUUUCACUUUGUCAUCGAUGCGUGUAGGAAAUCACAUGUGAAAAAUUCAAAAUUAUCGGUCAAAGUAGCUGAAAAUUCAGAAAGAAAUUGAGACAGAAAUGAGUUGUGCAUGUAGUCAAUGAAAAUUUUCCAUCAUCCAGAAAAUGUUGUUUAUAGUCUAAAUUGAGUUUUAAUGGAAUAUAUUCCGUACGUAUUACCCCAUGUUCUCCACAAACUUUGUAAUUUAAAAAAGGUAAACCGUUUCUAAUAGGGCAGUGUUUUCAAAUUAUCGUUCAUGUGAGUAUCAAUAUAAGGAUACAGAAUUUAUACAAUGAUUCAAGCACAGUAACUCGUAUACCUGAAGUAUUUUUCUUGCCAAGACUGUCAUGUGAAGAAACUACACAGAAAAGGACUAAAUCAUGGUACAUCUGUUGAAACUUUUGAUAAUUUCGAAGACAAUAUCUUUUCAUUGACAAACUUGGUUUGGAUGAAUUGUAUUUUUUUAAACUUUGCAUUGUGGUUAAGUUACCUUCCUAUUUGUAUCUGAAACCAUUAACGAAAAUUAAAUCAUUAUCCCAUGAAACAUACGAAAGCGAUUAAAUAAAAUUACGACUGCGUGCGUUUCACAAAUUUAGUUAAAACAACCUCUGUGAACGUUCAACUAUCACCAGUCCCGACUCUUCGUGUCAGAAGGAAUACAUUUGCUACGUAUGCGAUACCGAUAAUAAAUGUGGCACAUGAAUACUAUCGCAUUU